AUGAUAAAAAACACGAUACAAUCUGCAGGACUUCUGGUUUUGUUGUGGUUGUUAUUUGGGGACUUUGUUCUGGGUUGGUUUCACAACAGAGUCAAAACCAAAACCUACAACAACCAAUAUUCUUCCAAAGAAGAUGCUCCUGACAGUCAAGACCAGAGCUGUUUUUGUCACGUAAGUACAUUCAACUUACAAGUUACAAUAUAUUGCAAUAUCAAUGUCCGUUUAGGAAGGCUAAAUGAAAAAUCUUCUAGCAUUUUCUACUGUCACGUUAAUUUGACGUCAUCAUACCCAGAUAGCUUUCUGGCGCCCUAAGGUUGCAUUAUCCAACUUUAUGGACAUCAGGGCAUAACAUGUAUAUAUUUAUCAAAUUGUUUAUUUUGCCUUUCACAUCGAUACACACGGACUUGUCAAAAAUAAUUAUUAAAAUGGGUGGCUAGAGACACUUAGCCAGCUAUUUCCUGAAUUCAACAUCAGUGUUUAUUGUUAUUGUUGUACAGUGUAAUUUGACAGACAAUAUCUCGUGCUUGUGCGCAUCUCAACUCAAGACCCCUGUCAUAGUCAAACUUGCCCUUAUCAUGCGAAUAUCCGAUCUUAAUUCACAAAAUCUGCCACUUCCAGUCUCACAAAUCCGUUUGUAGGCCUGUGUCGUGAAAUGUUAUAUUUCUGUGUAUUUUUUCUUGAUGGUUCUCAUUCAUGCCAACUUUUGAAAGAAGUUAGCUACUGAGCUGAGUGGUUGUGUAUGUGAUCGACGGCUGACUUGACCCACAUACUGCAAUCCGAAUCAAUAAGUGUCUGUUUUUUGUUCUACUAUGGCACGUGCCUUUAUUAUUUAAUUCUAACAAAUUGCACUCACAUGAGUAAUAUGAAAAGACCGAGACGUGGUGUCGUCUGAUUGGCCAUACUAAAGCUUCCUUCCAAUGAGUUUGUGGGACAUGUAGUCUUCUCUUCCGUGAGUAAUACUUGCUUUAAAUGACCUUGAACCGAUGUGAAGACUACAAAUGUCAGGUAUAGAGGCAGGACUAAGUUUGACAGCUGCUGAAUUAUCUUUGUUUGGAGGCGAGGCCUGGACGGGAGAAUAAUGCACGAGGAAAAUCAGUGGUCUGAAAUGACAGUUCAUCCCCAGGUUAGGUCAGAGUCGUCGCAUCAACUCUGGCAAACUCUCACCUGUUUGUUGAAGUAGGCUACAGCAGUCCUAUUAGUGACAUAAAAGACAGAGAGAUUCUCAUAAGGCUGGUCUUAGUUUUGUAAUUUCCUGCUGUUAAAGAUAGCAGCUCCUCGGAGAAAUAAGCAAAUUAAACUGUAUUUUUAAUAAACAAGGGAAACCACUCAAUGGUUUUGAAUUCACCGUCAUGCUCAGAGGACUUUGUUACUUAUGGACGGCUUCACUGCUUCCAAUCACAUUCUCUGGACAGCUACACUCAGAGGUCAGAUAUAUGGUUAUGUUUCCAGCUGUGGGCUAUAUGAUUAUGCUUGUGUCAAUGUACAACUGUUUGCUACAUUUCUGACAUAUUGUCACAAUGACACAGAAUAAACUGAAAGAGAAAUGCAUUUCUGCUGUUUGUAGCCAGUUUGUGAAACUAGUUGUCAGUAACAGCUGGUCAGAUAGGCUACUCCGUUUUCUCCUCAUCAUGACACACAACCACUGAUGUGAAAGUGACUGAAUAGUCUACACAGUGCUAAGAGAAUUCUUGCAACAUGCAAUCUUGUGCAACUUGUUUUUUAUAAAAUAGCGUAUGUGUCUGGUGACAGUGACACACAUACCUUUCAAACGACUGUAGUGACAAGAUACUCCUGAAACGAGUUUAACAACUAAAACAUUUUCUAUAACACCAUUUUCAUUGAUUGGGUCUAGAGCUGAAUACUUCAUGACAAGAGAGAGUGGGAAGGCUUGGGUGUCUGCUGGACCAGACCAACGCAGUCUUUCUUUCACAAAGCAGCUGUCUAUUUCAUUAUGUAUGGGAGAAUAAAGCCGGUUGUCCGCAGGUAUCAGAUGUAUGAAUAGGGAUAGGCGGAGGGAGAAUGGCAAACGUUUUGUUAACCAAAUUUUGGUCAACAACCUCAACCGGCAGCUGGAACGAACAUCGUCGUGUUGCUUAAGUUUUUUGUAAUGUUCGAGCGUCAGGAAGUGGUAUUUUAUCUGGCUUCCAGCUCUCAUAUCUGAAAGUGUUUGUGAUUUGAAAUAGUAUGUUGCAGUUUAGGUAUCAGGCUAAAUGUAUGUAAGAGGAAGUUAAGAUUUGCAGGCCAGCUUUUGCCCUCGUUUCUCUCUCUCUCUCCUCUCUCCUCUCUCUCUCUCCUGCCCACACUCAUCGCUUGCUCCCCAGCUGAUGUAUGCUAGGCUGUGUGUGGCGGCUCCUUCCCACUGCUGAACAGAACCGCGCUGCGCAUCUGUACUCUUAAUAUUAAUUGUGCUGAUCACUGAAAAGCUUUCAAUCUCUCCAAAAACUCUUGUCCAGUCCACUUAGUAGUCUGAUUUUAGCCACAGAGAUAAUUUAGUCUCGUUUUAGUCAACUGAAAUUAACAAUCUUUUUCGUUUAGUUAUAGUUUUUUCUGGGUCUAUUUAGUCAGUUAUAGUGUAGUCAAUUGCCACUGAAAAAUAGGUGUUUGACAAAUAUUUUUGUUGACGAAAUUAAUGCUGGUGUACAACCAUAAUUCUUAAGGCAUUCUCCGGUUGUUUCCCUCAGUUGACAGGCGUCUUGGACGACUGCUUCUGUGACAUCGAGAGCAUCGAUGUCUUCAACAACUUCAAGAUCUACCCCCGCAUUCAGAAGCUGACCGAGAGAGACUACUUCAGGUACUACAGGGUAAGUACUAAAUAGUAGGCCCCAACAGUGGAGGACGAGGAGCUUUAGAAAUGUCCUUAAAAUCAUCAGACCGUAAGGUUUUGCGUUUGUCUUUGCAGUAUAGCUUAAAUGUGUCCUAAAAGUAAUCCCUCAAUAAACAAUCAUACUACUGUGGAUUUACACUAAUUGACUACCUGUAUUUUCAAAUGGGUUUGUAUUUUUUUUUAACAAUACCUUUGUUUGAGCUUCAAUGGCUCCUAACCCGUAGUACUUAGUGCUUUUAAAGGGACCCUCCCCAAUUCAGUUCCUUGCUAAUCUAAAACAAAUAGGCCAAGCAAAUGUUUUCCAGCCUACCCCGUAUAGAGUUUGUGGACGCUGCUCUGUUGUGUAUUCACUGCAGAGGAUGUCUCCGCCCGGGACUACUGUUGUAUUUGGAAUAGGUCUGCUUCAGGGAUUUGGAAUAGGUCUGCUUCAGGGACCUAUUGACAGCGAAUAGACAACAUUCUUAGAUAAAUAAAAAACGACUUCUGUUUACAUUAUAAUGUCCAGGGGUGUAUUCACUAGGAACCAAACGGAAUGGGACGGGACUAACCUGAACUCGUCCCAUAGGGUUGGUUGUUUAGCAACAAAACUGACGCAUGCGCAACUAUGGCGCAAAACAGACAGGGUUAGCUUAUGCACUAAUGAAUACACCCUGACCAGGAAAAACUUGCUUGGGCCCUAAUUACAGCAAAAACUCAUUGACCUUACGUUAUAAUUAUGAUAUGUGAUACUUAUCAGGCACACUAAGUGUGAAAAUUAGAUGCUCCUCAUACUGGAACCUAGGUAUUAGAAAGAGUGCAUUAGGAUGACAUCAACGUGUGGAUGUAACUGAAUCUUGUAGGGAAAUACAGUAGAUCCAGUGCUGACCUUUAUUCAUCCCUCUUUCCCAAUCAUCCUCUUUUGCAUCCCUAGACAGUCUUACGAGUUGCCCAUUUGUAGAACCUGAUGCAAAAAUUAUAAAAUUCUCUCUGAUAACAGCACUCUGUCCCCUGUUACAUUUGUAUAACUGCUCAAACACUCUCCCAACACCUAGCAUCCAUAAAAAAAACAUUGAGGCCCAUUGAGUCACUUUAAUCUUUUCACAAAGGCAGUAAAAAAAAACACUUGGCGUGUGAGUCCAGCUGUUGCGUUCAUACACCAUUCAUACACACUAAGCCAACUCAUUCUAAAGGCAGAGUGUAUUGCCCUUUUCCCACUGUGAACUUCCCAUCAGGAACUCUGAAAAGGAAGAAUAGACUCAUAGGAACAUCAUUUAAUAUUUUCAGAAUACUCAUCUGGCCCCUAGUCUGAUAAUCCGAUGAAGUUUAUGUCUACCACUGCCACUGGUCAGUAAGCUGCUGCUCUCCUAGUCAACAUCCCAUUGGCUGAGCGACACUUUUGACCCCACAGACAGUGUCACCUUUAUGAUUAUGAAGCAUUCUCCUCAUACGGUCGCCUUUGUAUGAGGUUGAUGUAUCCAAUGACGAGCACGACUGGAAAGAGGUCACCAGCAGCGACGAUGCCCCGUGGCGUUUUCGACGGAGCUCGUCUCUGAAAAGCGUCAACGGAAAGAGAAUCUGAAUCAUUUGAUGACAUCAUUAUUUGAGACACUUAUAAUCAUGCGUAUAAUUCUAAAUCGGGAAAAAAGUGAAUUUAGCUUAGCUGUUCUGUCUUGCCUGUCUCCAAUACAUCACAUCUCUGUGUGACGCAGUCACUUUCAUAGCAUAUACCAUGCCAUCCCAACUCUUCCCUUUUCUUCUCCACAGGUCAACCUGAAUAGGCCCUGUCCCUUCUGGGCUGACGAUGGCCACUGCUCCAUCAAGGACUGCCAAGUGGAGCCCUGCCCAGAGGUCAGUUCAACCUACCCACAAUUAUCUACGUUGGUCUCCAAAUUGACUCCUAGUAUUCAUUACCCAUAG